UCGGAGCGUCAGUGGACCCGGCGGGCGUCACCAUGCUGGACUCUAUAAAGAUCUAUGGUAAAACCAAGGAGCAGUUUGGCUGGCCUGACGAGCCCCCCGAGGACUUCCCCUCGGCCUCCGUCAACAACGUGUGCUCUCCCAACCUCAACACCGGCAACGGCACCGGGGAAGGUGACAUCGUCUCGCCAACCUCCACCGGCGGCACCGUGCUGGAGAGGUUAGUGUUAAAGGUCACGGGCAAACGUAACAGGGUUCAAAGGUUAACCAAAGGGUCAACUAGACUAGAGACAGGUUCCCACAAGAAGCUCCAAAACGGUGAGGGAUUUAUCCAAAAAUAAACACUUAUUUUGUUUUCCAUGCAAAACAUUUUGCUACAAUGUGCCCUAAUGAACACGACCCAAGCUACAACCAGUAGAAUAGCAUUAGCUGUAGAACUUAUAGUCUCUCUGUAAUAUAGUUCCCUCUCUCCUGACCCCUCAGUCUCCCUGUAAUAUAGUUCCCUCUCUCCUGACCCCUCAGUCUCCCUGUAAUAUAGUUCCUCACCCCUCAGUCUCUCUGUAAUAUAGUUCCUCUCUCCUGACCCCUCAGUCUCUCUGUAAUAUAGUUCCCUCUCUCCUGACCCCUCAGUCUCCCUGUAAUAUAGUUCCUCUCUCCUGACCCCUCAGUCUCUGUGUAAUAUAGUUCCUCUCUCCUCACCCCUCAGUCUCCCUGUAAUAUAGUUCCUCUCUCCUCACCCCUCAGUCUCUCUGUAAUAUAGUUCCUCUCUCCUCACCCCUCAGUCUCUCUGUAAUAUAGUUCCCUCUCUCCUCACCCCUCAGUCUCUCUGUAAUAUAGUUCCCUCUCUCCUCACCCCUCAGUCUCUCUGUAAUAUAGUUCCCUCUCUCCUCACCCCUCAGUCUCUCUGUAAUAUAGUUCCUCUCUCCUCACCCCUCAGUCUCUCUGUAAUAUAGUUCCUCUCUCCUCACCCCUCAGUCUCUCUGUAAUAUAGUUCCUCUCUCCUCACCCCUCAGUCUCUCUGUAAUAUAGUUCCUCUCUCCUCACCCCUCAGUCUCCCUGUAAUAUAGUUCCCUCUCUCCUCACCCCUCAGUCUCUCUGUAAUAUAGUUUCCUCUCUCCUCACCCCUCAGUCUCUCUGUAAUAUAGUUCCCUCUCUCCUCACCCCCCAGUCUCUCUGUAAUAUAGUUCCCUCUCUCCUCACCCCUCAGCCUCUCUGUAAUAUAGUUCCUCUCUCCUCACCCCUCAGUCUCUCUGUAAUAUAGUUCCUCUCUCCUCACCCCUCAGUCUCUCUGUAAUAUAGUUCCCUCUCUCCUGACCCCUCAGUCUCUCUGUAAUAUAGUUCCCUCUCUCCUGACCCCUCAGUCUCUCUGUAAUAUAGUUCCCUCUCUCCUCACCCCUCAGUCUCUCUGUAAUAUAGUUCCCUCUCUCCUCACCCCUCAGUCUCUCUGUAAUAUAGUUCCCUCUCUCCUCACCCCUCAGUCUCUCUGUAAUAUAGUUCCUCUCUCCUCACCCUCAGUCUCUCUGUAAUAUAGUUCCUCUCUCCUCACCCCUCAGUCUCCCUGUAAUAUAGUUCCUCUCUCCUCACCCCUCAGUCUCUCUGUAAUAUAGUUCCCUCUCUCCUCACCCCUCAGUCUCUCUGUAAUAUAGUUCCUCUCUCCUCACCCCUCAGUCUCCCUGUAAUAUAGUUCCUCUCUCCUCACCCCUCAGUCUCUCUGUAAUAUAGUCUCUCCCUCCCUCUCCUCAUCCCCUCAGUCUCUACUGUAAUAUAGUUUCUCUCUCCUCACCCCUCAGUCUCUCUGUAAUAUAGUUCCCUCUCUCCUCACCCCUCAGUCUCCUCUGUUCAAUAUAGUUCCUCUCUCCUCACCCCUCAGUCUCUCUGUAAUAUAGUUCCCUCUCUCACUCACCCCUCAGUCUCUCUGUAAUAUAGUUCCCCUCUCCUCACCCCUCAGUCUCUCUGUAAUAUAGUUCCCUCUCACCUGACCCCUCAGUCCUCUCUGUAAUAUAGUUCCCUCUCUCCUCACCCCUCAGUCUCUCUGUAAUAUAGUUCCCUCUUCUCUCACCCCCUCAGUCUCUCUGUAAUAUAGUUCCCUCUCUCUCCUCACCCUCAGUCUCUCUGUAAUAUAGUUCCCUCUCUCCUCACCCCUCAGUCUCUCUGUAAUAUAGUUCCCCUCUCCUCACCCCAUCAGUCUCUCUGUAAUAUAGUUCCCUCUCUCCUGACCCCUCAGUCUCUCUGUAAUAUAGUUCCUCCUCUCCUCACCCCUCAGUCUCUCUGUAAUAUAGUUCCCUCUCUCCUCACCCCUCAGUCUCUCUGUAAUAUAGUUCCCUCUCUCCUCACCCCUCAGUCUCUCUGUAAUAUAGUUCCCUCUCUCCUGACCCCUCAGUCUCUCUGUAAUAUAGUUCCUCUCUCCUCACCCCUCAGUCUCUCUGUAAUAUAGUUCCCUCUCUCCUCACCCCCCAGUCUCUCUGUAAUAUAGUUCCUCUCUCCUCACCCCUCAGUCUCUCUGUAAUAUAGUUCCUCUCUCCUCACCCCUCAGUCUCUCUGUAAUAUAGUUCCUCUCUCCUCACCCCCGUGGAGUCUGUAUAGUAGGGUCAGGAAUUUAGGUGGUUGUGUGUGUGUGUGUGUGUGUGUGAGAGAGAGAGAGAGAGUGUUUGUGUCUAUCUGUGUGUGUGGUGUGUGUGUGUGUGUGUGUGUGUGUGAGAGAGAGAGAGAGAGAGUGUUUGUGUCUAUCUGUGUGUGUGUGUGUGUGUGUGCGGGUCCGCUGCAUGGCUGCAAUCAUAAUGGCUUGUUGUUCUGCUUCUUCCUCUGUUCACCAAUUUUCUUUUUCUUGGUUUCUUUCUGUGAUCCUCACACAUUGUUUUUCUUUUUCUCGGUUUCUUUCUGUGAUCCUCACACAUUGUUUUUCUUUUUCUUUGCUCCCAAAAAUACAAUCAAUAAAAAAGUUGUGAAACUGAGUCCUUAUCAACCUUGGACCGGUUAGUAACCGCUCUUUCUCUGCUUGUUAGCAUGGUGUGUGUGUGUGUGCGUAGAGGAGAGAGAGUGUGUGUGUGUGUGUGUGUUUGUGCGUGCGUGUGAGACUGAACAUGACAUGUGAAAUGCACUCUUCAAAAAUAUCAUCAUUCUGAUGUUUGCUCUAACAAUGCAACUCAUUAUUACAACAAGGCUUGUUCUCACUUUAAACAUUGAAUGGAUGUUUGAUGGAAGUUUUUUUUUUUUUUAUUCAAUAGACUAGCUUAGACUUGAUUUGAAGUUGUUUUUGAUUGAUUGUUUGAUUAUAUUGAUUAUUGAUUAAUUGAUCAAUUAAUUCACUACUCCUUAGGUUGGUGGUGAGCUCUCUGGAAGCACUGGAGAGCUGCUUUGCUGUGGGCUCCUCCAAUGAAAAGGCAAGGUCUUCACUACAUCUUUCACAGAGAAAGACGCUCUCGUUUCACACUACUUUUUGCAUUGUCCAAAUCAGGCCCACAAUCCUCAAUUUAGUACCAAUGUAGUAGUAUUUUGUCUGUUGUAAAACUAGACAGAAACAGAAGCUGCAUGUUGAGUGGUCUUAUUAUAGAGCUUUACAAGACAGAAACCAUCUCUGUAGCUACCUACCUCUGUAGCUCAGCUGGUAGAGCAUGGCGCUUGUAACGCCAGGGUAGUGGGUUCGAUCCCCGGGACCACCCAUACGCAAAAAUGUAUGCACACAUGACUGUAAGUCGCUUUGGAUAAAAGCGUCUGCUAAAUGGCAUAUUAUUAUUAUUAUAUUAUGUGUAGUAAACUAUAUAAAUUGUGUAUGUGACGGUUCAGGAGAAGAACAAGGCUGCAGCGCUGGAGUUGGCCACCUUGCUCCUGUCCAUGUCCACUCCCUCUGGGUUCAGCAGCAGACCAAAGGCCUGCUGGCCAGCCUACCACCAGCCGUACUGCCUACCACACCACAAGGUAAUAGCCUACACACCAGCCGUACUGCCUACACAACCACAAGGUAACUAACGUACACACCAGCCGUACUGCCUACCACAACCACAAGGUAACUAACAUACACACCAGCCGUACUGCCUACCACAACCACAAGGUAACUAGCCUACACACCAGCCGUACUGCCUACCACAACCACAAGGUAACUAACAUACACACCAGCCGUACUGCCUACCACAACCACAAGGUAACUAACAUACACACCAGCCGUACUGCCUACCACAACCACAAGUAACUAACAUCACACCACCUACUGCCUACCACAAACCACAAGGUAACUAACAUACACACCAGCCGUAUGCCUACCACAACCACAAGGGUAACUAACAUACACAACACCGUACUGCCUACCACAACCCAAGGUAACUACAUACUCACCAGCCGACUGCCUACCACAACCACAAGGUAACUAGCAUACACACCAGCCGUACUGCCUACCACCAACCACAAGGUAACUACAUACACACCAGCCGUACUGCCUACCAAAACCACAAGGUAACUAACAUACACACCAGCCGUACUGCCUACCACACCAAGUAACUAACAUACACACCAGCCGUACUGCCUACCACACACAAGGUAACUAACAUCCACAACCACGCCGUACUGCCUACCACAACCCAAGGUAACUAACAUACCACACCAGCCGUACUGCCUACACAACCACAAGGUAACUACAUACACAACCAGCCGUACUGCCUACCACAACCACAAGUGUAACUAACAUACUCACCAGCCGUACUGCCUACCACAACCACAAGGUAACUAACAUACUCACCAGCCUUACUGCCUACCAACAACCACAAGGUAACUAGCCUACACACCAGCCGUACUGCCUACCACAACCACAAGGUAACUAACAUACUCACCAGCCGUACUGCCUACCACAACCACAAGGUAACUAGCAUACACACCAGCCGUACUGCCUACCACAACCACAAGGUAACUAACCUACACACCAGCCGUACUGCCUACCACAACCACAAGGUAACUAACAUACACACCAGCCGUACUGCCUACCACAACCACAAGGUAACUAAACAUACACACCAGCCGUACUGCCUACCACAACCACAAGGUAACUAACAUACACACCAGCCGUACUGCCUACCACAACCACAAGGUAACUAACAUACACACCAGCCGUACUGCCUACCACAACCACAAGGUAACUAACAUACACACCAGCCGUACUGCCUACCACAACCACAAGGUAACUAACAUACACACCAGCCGUACUGCCUACCACAACCACAAGGUAACUAACAUACACACCAGCCGUACUGCCUACCACAACCACAAGGUAACUAGCCUACACACCAGCCGUACUGCUACCACAACCACAAGGUAACUAACAUACACACCAGCCGUACUGCCUACCACAACCACAAGGUAACUACCUACACACCAGCCUACUGCCUACCACAACCACAAGGUAGUAGCAUACACACAGCCGUACUGCCUACCACAACCACAAGGUAACUAGCAUACACACCAGCCGUACUGCCUACCACAACCACAAGGUAACUAACAUACACACCAGCGUACUGCCUACACAACCACAAGGUAACUAACAUACACACCAGCCGUACUGCCUACCACAACCACAAGGUAACUAACAUACACACCAGCCGUACUGCCUACCACAACCACAAGGUAACUAGCCUACACACCAGCCGUACUGCCUACCACAACCACAAGGUAACUAGCAUACACACCAGCCGUACUGCCUACCACAACCACAAGGUAACUAACAUACACACCAGCCGUACUGCCUACCACAACCACAAGGUAACUAACAUACACACCAGCCGUACUGCCUACCACAACCACAAGGUAACUAACAUACACACCAGCCGUACUGCCUACCACAACCACAAGGUAACUAAUUUUCCCAUGACAAACGUUUUCUUCUCCUCCAUGAAAACUGAAUUGUCCCUCUUUGAAGCCUAAUGAGGUUUCCACUUUGUGCUUAAUGAAUGUGAGAUUGCAUUCCUGAGACCAGUCCCACUCACCCCUCUCUCCCAUAACUUCUCUCUCUCCUAGGACCAGUCCCACUCACCCCUCUCUCCCAUAACUUCUCUCUCUCCUAGGACCAGUCCCACUCACCCCUCUCUCCCAUAACUUCUCUCUCUCCUAGGACCAGUCCCACUCACCCCUCUCUCCCAUAACUUCUCUCUCCCCUAGGACCAGUCCCACUCACCCCUCUCUCCAUAACUUCUCUCUCCGGGUCUACUCACCCCUCUCUCUCCCAUAACUUCUCCUCUCCCCUAGGACCAGUCCCACUCACCCCUCUCUCCCAUAACUUCUCUCUCUCCUAGGACCAGUCCACCACUCACCCCUCUCUCCCAUAAACUUCUCUCUCUCCUAGGACCAGUCCCACUCACCCCUCUCUCCCAUAACUUCUCUCUCUCCUAGGACCAGUCCCACUCACCCCUCUCUCCCAUAACUUCUCUCUCUCCUAGGACCAGUCCCACUCACCCCUCUCUCCCAUAACUUCUCUCUCUCCUAGGACCAGUCGCUGCUCAGCAACGCGGUGCAGUGUCUGAACAGCUGUAGUCGUGACAGCAGAGACCUGGACCCUGACGUGUUCCAGAGGCUGGUCAUCACCGCACGCUCCAUCGCCAUAAUGAGACCCAAUAACCUGGUGCACUUCACUGAGACCAAGCCCCCUAAUAUUGAUACAGGUAAAAACCUAUUCACUGAGACCAAGCCCCCUAAUAUUGAUACAGGUAAAAACCUAUUCACUGAGACCAAGCCCCCUAAUAUUGAUACAGGUAAAAACCUAUUCACUGAGACCAAGCCCCCUAAUAUUGAUACAGGUAAAAACCUAUUCACUGAGACCAAGCCCCCUAAUAUUGAUACAGGUAAAAACCUAUUCACUGAGACCAAGCCCCCUAAUAUUGAUACAGGUAAAAACCUACCCACUCUAGUUUUAGAUCAGUUUAUGGGUGGUCCUCUGUAGCUCAGUUGGUAGAGCACGGCGCUUGUAACGCCAGGGUAGUGGGUUCGAUCCCCGGGACCACCCAUACGUAAAAAUGUAUGCACACGUGACUGUAAGUCGCUUUGGAUAAAAGCGUCUGCUAAAUGGGAUAUUAUUUAUAUUAUAGUUUAGGCUGUACACUUCAUAUUGACUAGUCAGCUGUUCCCGUCACUAGAUGAAGCCUCUCCUGUUGUGUUAAUACUCUCCGUCACCACUACAUGAAUGUAUUGUCUCCACAAUCACUAUUAGGAAACAGUUCCAUCACACUGCUUCAUUCAGGUCCAUGAUAGAGGUCGAAGGGUACAAUAUGGUGUAACACUUCUUGUUUGUUUCUUUGUUCAGAGAUGACCGAGGAGGGUCAGAAACAGAUGGACAGUGAGGGAUGUAACUUCAUCAUGCAGCUGGUCAAUAACUUCUGGAAGCUCCACGCACUCAAACCAAAGAACGCUUUCCUGGCCCCAGCCUGUCUGCCAGGUAAACUAACAUUGCCUUUCCUGGCCCCUGCCUGUCUGCCAGGUAAACUAACAUUGCCUUUCCUGGCCCCAGCCUGUCUGCCAGGUAAACUAACAUUGCCUUUCCUGGCCCCUGCCUGUCUGCCAGGUAAACUAACAUUGCCUUUCCUGGCCCCUGCCUGUCUGCCAGGUAAACUAACAUUGCCUUUCCUGGCCCCAGCCUGUCUGCCAGGUAAACUAACAUUGCCUAUCCUUGCUCCCGCCUGUCUGCCAGGUAAACUAGCAUCGUCUCAUAGCUGGGUAGUGUUCCAUUUGGCAAAACAUUUUGUCGAACCCACAUUUUUGUUGCUACGGUGUGCCCUACCUGGAACAUUUUGAUCCACUGUGACGUUUUUCCGGACGUUGGUGGAGACUAAUUUUAUGAAUCGUCAAUCGAUCAAUCAUUGUUUCUCUCCAGGUCUGACCCACAUUGAAGCCACAGUGAACGCAUUGGUGGACAUCAUCCAUGGCUACUGCACCUGUGAGCUGGACUACAUUAACGUGGCCUCCAAGAUAUACAUGCAGAUGCUGCUGUGCCCCGUACGUUCCUCAGUAAUACUUUAGAGACACACACUUAUAAGUAACACUGAUUCUUCAGCAUUUAGUCUACUGUAGCCCUGUGAAAUUUUCAAUAGUCAUUUAGCUGUGUUGAUCCUGGAUCGUCAUUUAGCUGUGUUGAUCCUGGAUCGUCAUUUAGCUGUGUUGAUCCUGGAUCGUCAUUUAGCUGUGUUGAUCCUGGAUCGUCAUUUAGCUGUGUUGAUCCUGGAUCGUCAUUUAGCUGUGUUGAUCCUGGAUCGUCAUUUAGCUGUGUUGAUCCUGGAUCGUCAUUUAGCUGUGUUGAUUCUGGAACGUCAUUUAGCUGUGUUGAUCCUGGAUCGUCAUUUAGCUGUGUUGAUCCUGGAUCGUCAUUUUGCUGUGUUGAUCCUGGAUCGUCAUUUAGCUGUGUUGAUCCUGGAUUGUCAUUUAGCUGUGUUGAUCCUGGAUCGUCAUUUUGCUGUGUUGAUCCUGGAUCGUCAUUUAGCUGUGUUGAUCCUGGAUCGUCAUUUAGCUGUGUUGAUUCUGGAACGUCAUUUAGCUGUGUUGAUCCUGGAUUGUCAUUUAGCUGUGUUGAUCCUGGAUCGUCAUUUAGCUGUGUUGAUCCUGGAUCGUCAUUUAGCUGUGUUGAUCCUGGAUCGUCAUUUAGCUGUGUUGAUCCUGGAUCGUCAUUUAGCUGUGUUGAUCCUGGAUCGUCAUUUAGCUGUGUUGAUCCUGGAUCGUCAUUUAGCUGUGUUGAUCCUGGAUCGUCAUUUAGCUGUGUUGAUCCUGGAUCGUCAUUUAGCUGUGUUGAUCCUGGAUCGUCAUUUAGCUGUGUUGAUCCUGGAUCGUCAUUUAGCUGUGUUGAUUCUGGAUCGUCAUUUAGCUGUGUUGAUCCUGGAUCGUCAUUUAGCUGUGUUGAUCCUGGAUCGUCAUUUACCAGUGUUUUAUUGUUGUGGAUCGUUGAUCCUGUGUUCAGACUUGACCAACUUGUGUUUCUUUACCUAAAUGGCCCCUAAAUGAUGUAAAAAGGGCAUUAUAAAAUAUAUUUCAGUGAUUAAUUCUGAUCUGUAUUCCAGGACACGUCUGUGAGCUUUGCCUGUAAGCAAGCACUGAUCCGAGUGCUCCGACCCAGGAACAAACACCGUCACGUGACUCUUCCGUCUCCCCCACGCUCCAACACACCCAUGGGUAGGUAUCCAGUUAUUUCUUACCCCUGAGUCAGACCAGGGCUUUCCAACCCUAUUUUCCUGGAGAGCUAUCCUCCUGUAGGUUUUCACUUCAAUCCCAUUUUGUAACUAAUCUGAUUCAGUUGAUGAACCAGCUAAUCAUUAGAAUCAGGUGUGUUAGAUUAGGGUUGGAGCAAAAACCUAGAGGACGGCAGCUCACCAGGAACAGGGUUGGAGUUAAACCUAGAGGACUGUAGCUCUCCAGGAUCAGGGUUGGAGUUAAACCUAGAGGACUGUAGCUCUCCAGGAACAGGGUUGGAGUUAAACCUAGAGGACUGUAGCUCUCCAGGAUCAGGGUUGGAGUUAAACCUAGAGGACUGUAACUCUCCAGGAACAGGGUUGGAGUUAAACCUAGAGGACUGUAGCUCUCCAGGAACAGGGUUGGAGUUAAACCUAGAGGACUGUAGCUCUCCAGGAACAGGGUUGGAUAGCCCUGAACUAGACCAAUAGAAGGGCCAGAUAAAGUGUUUGCAAGUUAAUUUCAGAACGGUAUCUUUAAAAAACACACCAAAUAACAGUAACAUUUGUUUCGACUUUUCAGUUCGUAUAUCUGUAUUUGAAUUUUUUUCAACAUCUUCUGCUCUAUUAAUCCCUUCAAGAGUUAGGAGCAAACGCUUGUACAAAUCAGAAACCCCUAUAAAUGUUUCCAUCGUCACUGAGUGUUCUCUGUCCCCUCUCUUUUUCCCCUCCUCCUCCUGUUCCUCCUCCUCUCCUCUCUCCCUGUUCCUCCUCCUCUCCUCUCUCCCUGCUCCUCCUCCUCUCCCUGCUCCUCCUCCUCCUCCUCUCCUCUCUCCCUGUUCCUCCUCCUCUCCUCUCUCCCCGUUCCUCCUCCUCCUCUCCCUGUUCCUCCUCCUCCUCUCCCUGUUCCUCCUCCUCUCCCUCCUCUCCCUGUUCCUCCUCCUCUCCUCUCUCCCUAUUCCUCCUCCUCCUCUCCCUGUUUCUCCUCUCUCCCUGUUCCUCCUCUCUCCCUGUUCCUCCUCUCUCCCUGUUCCUCCUCUCUCCCGGUUCCUCCCUGUUUCCUCCUCCCUCUCCCUGUUCCUCCUCCUCCUCCUCUCCCUUUCCUCUCCUCCUCUCCCUUUUUCCUCCUCCUCCUCCCCUGUUCCCCUCCUCCUCCUCUCCCUUUCCUUUCCUCCUCCUCUUCCCUGUUCUCCUCUCCUCCCUCUCUCCUGUUCCUCCUCCUCUCUCCCUGUUUCUCCUCCUCUCUCCCUGUUCUCUCCUCUCUCCCUGUUCCACCUCCUCUCCCUUUUCCUCCUCCUCUCCUGUUCCUUCCCUCUCCUCCCUGUUUUCCUCCUCCUCUCUCCCUUCUCCUCCUGUCCUCUUCCCUCUCCCUGUUCCUCCUCCUCCUCUCCCUGUUUUCUCCUCCUGUUUCCUCUCUCCUCCGUCUCCCUCUCUCCCUGUUCCUCCUCCUCUUCCUAUCCUCUCUCCCCUUUUCUCCUCCUGUUUCCUCCUCUCCUCUCUCUCUCCCCCUUGUUCCUCCUCCUCCCUCCUCUCCCUUUCCUCCUUUUUCCUCCUCCUCUCUCCCUGUUUUUCUUCCUCCUGUUUCCUAUUCCUCCUCCUCUCCUCUCUCCUUGUUUCCUCCUCCUCCUCCUCUCUCCUUGUUCCUCCUCCUCUCCUCUCCUCUCUCCUUGUUCCUCCUCCUCUCCUCUCCCUCCCUGUUCCUCCUCCUCUCUCUCCUUGUUCCUCCUCCUCUCCUCUCUCCCUGUUCCUCCUCCUCUCCUCUCUCCCUAUUCCUCCUCCUCUCCUCUCCCUCUCUCCCUGUUCCUCCUCCUCUCCUCUCUCCCUGUUCCUCCUCCUCCCUCUCUCCCUGUUCCUCCUCCUCUCCUCUCUCCCUGUUCCUCCUCCUCUCCUCUCUCCCUGUUCCUCCUCCUCUCCUCUCCUCUCUCCCUGUUCCUCCUCUCCUCUCUCCCUGUUCCUCCUCCUCCAGGAGACAAAGACGAUGAUGAUGAGGAUGAUGUUGAUGACAAGAUGCAGCCGUCUGGGCUGACGGGAGGAGAUGGGGGCAGGCAGGAGAUUCAGGAGCAGGGUGAGGUCGACCAUGGCGACUUUGAGAUGGUGGUGAGUCUCUUUGAGAUG